CGAGUAUAUCAUAAUGCCCGUACUUUACUGAAAUGAAUCACUCGUCAGCAAAGGUGAACUACCACAGGUUCUCCGCAAACUUUGUAUUAGGGGUAUCAAUAUAUCACGGGAGUAAUCCAACAGCAGUAGUUUAUACUGUUCCAGGGAGUUAGUAAGUAUUCUAUGCUUUGUGCUCACUGUCAGCUAGACAUCAUUAAACUAUUUGUCAUUUACACAGAAUGGACAUUAUUCGUACUUGUAUUGAUGAUGAAGCUUUCUACAGUACUCCGCAGUGGUGAGAUUUCUUUUGUCCAUAACAGAGAAGAAAUCAAAGAACAGAAUAGAAUAUGCAGUGAGCUAUUUCCAAGAACAGAAUCCUAUCUUCUAGGAUCGACCCUGCACCAAAGGAGCUCCAUGGGCUCCGGAACCAAUCACCAUAAGAGACUGCCUUGAUCAAUAUUACUACGGCGAUCACCGGAGACCUUGGAGUACGUACCUGACGGAUUUGGAGUACGCUCUUGCAUGUACAUACAACCGUACUACUUGUAU